UCCCCUAAUAUCCGGACCACAUUGUCUUUCUUUCAUCGAAACCCGAUCCCAUACGAGGCGUGCACACGGGCCCGAUACCUCGCCAACUACGUCGCCCAAACAUCGGAUCAGCUAGCAGGAAAGUGGACGCGAUGUUACAGACUCGGCUGCCUGAGCGCGGCCGUUGAGCAGCAAUCUGCAGUGGUCUGUUCGCUUGUGCACUCCCACAUAGGCACGAUCGGCGCAAUUUUUUCUCGUACGACCAAUAGACAUGUGAAAGCCACGCUAAGGAGAAAGUCCUUGCGCAGUAGGGACAGACGCACUCUGAGCUGGCCCUGAGGCCGAUACCGCAGCAAUGGCUGUCCCACGACAUUGUAGCGCCCAGGCGCCAUCAAUCUCCUAAGUCACAUGUCGACGUGGUUCAAUUCGACAUGGAGGGAGGCUCCUAGCCGAGCCUGAUUCUGUAGAGCAUUGAAACACGAAAAUGGGCAUUUUCAAGAGGCAGAAGGCUGUCGCAAAGACAGAGCCUGAAGAACCUAAGGAACCCUGGUAUAGAGAGGCGACAACGUGGUUCCGGCUCCUGUUCAGUCCCGGCUUCACGGCUUGGGAUGUUCUCCUCCUUAUCGGUGGUAUCGUAGGAGCCAUCGCAGCGGGUGUUCCAUUUCCACUCCUGGGUAUCCUCUUUGGUCAACUUAUCAACGACCUCAAUAGUGCCGACUGUGUCCAACAAGAUGCUACGGCUUCUACGGGUGGUCUCAGCGACUCUGUUAUCCAGAAAGUCGCCUACAUCUGCUACGUCACGAUCGCAAACUGGUGCUUCAUCUACAUCUAUACCAACUGUUGGACAAUCUUUGGCGAGCGACUAGUCCGAAGGCUUCGUGAAAGAUAUCUUCGAGCGCUUCUACGACAGGAAUUGGCCUUCUUCGAUCAGCUGCCUGCCGGAGAUGUAUCCUCAAGACUCUCCAACGACCUCAACUCAAUACAAACUGGUACAUCGGAGAAGGUUGGAAUCGUCAUUGCAAGUGUCUCGUACUUCGUUGCUUCAUACAUUGUGGCAUUCAUGAAAUAUGCCGAGCUCGCGGGCAUACUCGUCUCUCUUGUGCCGGCUUACUUCCUCAUGGCGUUUGUUGGGUCUUACUUCAUUAAGCGGUUCACAGGGCGAGUAUCGGAUCAGCUUGCGCUCGCCACCUCAAUCGCUUCAGAGAGCUUGAGUAAGCUGACUAUCGUCCACGCCUUUGGGGCCAACGCACGCCUCGAGGCCAAAUUCACCGAGUAUCUGGGUGGUGUUCGAAAGGAAGGUUCCAAGAAAGCCAUUGCAGCCGCAGUGCAACUCGGAUUGCUAUACUUCAUUGCCUACUCCACCAACGCCUUGGCCUACUGGCGUGGAAGUGAAGGCAUAGCAGAGUCUGUCGAAGAUGGCAAUGGGGCCUCGCGCGUCGGCGCAGUCUACACUGUGAUCUUUCUGCUGAUUGAUGCUUCCUUCAUUCUCAGCCAGGUCGCUCCAUUCUUGCAGAUCUUCGGCACUGCAGCUGGCGCUUCAGAUAAGCUCAAUAAUGCAAUCCAGCGAAAGUCGGCGAUCGAUCCCACCGACAGCAGCUAUGGAAGACGACUUGAUCAUAUCGAGGGCGGUCUGACCUUCCAGAAUGUUAAAUUCUCUUAUCCGAGCCGCCCUGAUGUCGAAGUUCUCAAGGAUCUGAACAUCACUAUUCCGGAAUACAAACACACAGCCAUCGUGGGACAAUCUGGAAGCGGCAAAUCUACAGUUGCCGCUCUACUUGCUCGACUGUACGACCCGCUGGACGGUAGCGUCACUCUGGAUGGUAUCAACGUCAAGGAGAUGAAUGUGGGCCAGCUUCGAGGCCUCAUCGGAACUGUUCAGCAAGACCCAGGCCUUCUUGAUCGUUCUAUUUUGGAGAAUAUCGCGCACGGCUUGGUCAACUCGUCCGCGAGUCACGAAGAGAUCGAUGCAGUCUUGAAUGGCGACCUUGCUCUGUUCGCUGACAAGGUUCGUGAGAAGAAGAAUGGCAAUUUCGAGAGCGUGCUUCAAGGAGAAAAACAGGCUGUCCGAGAUGUUGUUGAUCGUGUGGUCAAAGCAGCAUCCACUGCCGAUGCGAUAACAUUUAUCCAACGACUAGACGAUGGUUUUGCUACCAAGGUGGGCUCUUCUGGAAACCAAUUCUCUGGUGGACAAAAGCAACGUAUUGCCUUGUCCAGAGCACUCGUACGCGAUCCUCAAAUCCUGCUUCUGGAUGAAGCGACGUCUGCCCUGGACUCAAGAAGUGAACUUUUGAUCCAAGGAGCGCUUCGCGAAGCCGCCAAAGGCCGAACAACCAUCAACAUUGCGCAUCGACUGUCUACUGUCAAACACGCAGACAACAUUAUUGUCAUGAGGAGUGGCAAAGUUGUUGAGCAGGGCUCACAUGCUGAGUUGAUUGCGAAAGAUGAUGUCUAUGCCAGUAUGGUCCGCUUGCAGACUGUUAGCCAGAACCAAGAAGCAGACGCUUCGAGUGCUCUCCUUGGAGCUCCUGAGGAUGAGAUCUCAUCAAGGUCGUCUUCUAGUGAUGUCGUCGACGAGAAGGCGGUACUCCGUGAACAGUCAAUCGCAAGUGCUACGUCAAAGGAAAGGAUAGACCAGGCUCAGAAGGACGGUGCCACUGGAGACCAGCAGAAGGAUUCGGAGAAGGACAAGUCAGCCAAAGAGAAGAAGCGAGGCGUAUGGUCUACGAUCCGUGGUUUCGGCCACUUGACUCGGUCGCAGUCAAUUUAUCUCCUCGUCGCCUUCAUUGCCGCUACAAUCGUUGGAGGCUCGUAUUCUGGAGAAGCCGUCAUCUUUGGUCACACAAUCAGCAGCUUCAGUGCCUGCGAGGAACCGUCUGACAUCCGCUCCGCCGGCCAUUUCUGGGGUCUGCUGUUCUUCAUUCUCGCUAUCAUCGAGUUCUUUGCCAACCUCACAAUGGGCUCAUUGUUUGGUUUGGUUGGUGAGAACACACUGUUCAAGAUACGCAUCCUUUCGCUCCGGACCCUGCUCGGCCAGGACGCUGACUGGCAUCAAUCAGAAGGUCGAGAUCCAGCUGGCCUCUUGUCCUUCAUCACAAGCGACGCCAAUGCUUUGGCAGGUCUUACUGGUACCAUUCUAGGUACGCUCUUCUCCAUCCUUAUCAAUAGCAUUGCCGGCGUAGCGCUCUCGCUAGCUAUCGCGUGGCGCAUCGCCGUCGUGCUUCUUGCCUGCGUGCCUGUGCUUCUGGGAUCUGGUAUCAUGAGGUUGCGCGUCUUUGCCAAGUUCCACGAGAAGCACGGUGCUGCAUUUGCCAGCGCAACUGGCCUUGCUGUCGAAUCUGUCAACUCAAUUCGCACUAUUUCGAUCUUCUCUCUAGAGGAAGAGGCAGUGAACAUCUACCACCGCGCUCUCAAGAAGCCAUACGAAGCUACACUCAAGUCUAUUCUACACAGCAAUGCGUGGCUUGCCACUGCUUACAGUGUGGCCAACCUUGUCUAUGCUCUGGCCUACUAUUGGGGUUCGCGGAACAUCAUCGAAGGGUAUGCCAGCCAGAAGGAAUUCUUCAUCGUUCUCCCUGCUCUGCUCUUCAGCGCGCAGACAUGUGGUCAACUCUUCGCUCUAGCGCCAGACUUCUCCAAGUCUCGCGUUUCAGCCAGUCGACUGCUUGAUCUCCUUGACAUCGGCAGGCAGAACCACACUCUGACCCAGAACGAUAUCCAUACGUCUCCCAAGAAGCUCGCAGCAAGCACUGGCUAUGCAGCCCAAGCGGAGAAGGACGUUGAGCUGGGCACUGAAAAGCCUGAUCUGCCACGCACGGGAGGCACUGCUGUCAAAUUUGACAGUGUCCGUUUCUCCUACCCAGCUCGCCCUGACACCGAAGUUCUGAAGGGCUUAGACCUCAACAUCAAGCCAGGCCAGUUCGCCGCCUUGGUCGGUCCCUCUGGAGCGGGCAAGAGCACCAUAAUCUCUCUCAUCGAACGCUUCUACCGUCCAUCGUCGGGUCUCAUCACUCUGGAUGACCGCAACAUUGGCGCCUCUAUCUCGCCAUCUUUCCGCAACGAGAUCGCUCUCGUGCCACAAGAAAGCGUCAUGUUCGAAGGAACACUGCGCUUUAAUUUGUCCCUUGGUGCUCGCCCAGACCAGGAACAUGUCUCCGACGCCGAGAUUGAAGAAGCUUGCAGGCUGGCCAACAUCCACGAUACCAUCAAGGCACUUCCUGAAGGUUACGAUACCCGCUGCGGCCCCAACGGCAAUCAAUUCUCCGGUGGCCAGCGCCAAAGACUCUCCAUUGCUCGGGCGUUGUUACGUCAGCCACGACUUCUACUUCUCGACGAGUCAACUUCUGCUCUCGAUAGCGAGUCUGAAAAGAUGGUUCAGGACGCAUUGGAGAACGUGCGAAAGAGCGGUGAGGUGACUGUCGUUGCCAUAGCUCAUCGGCUGCAUACGAUUGAGAAGGCGGACUGCAUUUUCGUCAUCGAAGAUGGCAAGUGUACCGCAAAAGGUACACAUCAGGUGUUAUUGAGAGACAGCGAGAGCUAUCGAACGAAUGCACUGCAUCAAGUGCUUGGCGAUUAGGCUCUUCAGGCUUCCUACUAUGGAAGGUGCUGCUGUGUGCUUUCCUCUGAAUUGUGAUAGAGCUUAAUAUGAAGCAGGUACUCCCGGUAGUGGUACAGGACUUUCCUCACUGCCGACUGGCGAGCUUCUGAAAACAAGUCCAUCUCACUAAUAAUUUUCGAAAGUGCCAAGUCCAUUCUCACAUGCCAAACACUACCAGACACCCUGCGGGUGCACGACCUUCGCAAAGAAUGGCUCCGCAUAUCAGGUAUGAAUUUGGUCCCGACAGAGUGCAAAGAGAAUGCGGCUCGCUUCUCUGUUGUGCAAACAUGCGAUGCAAGACUUGCAGCUGGCUCGCACCACACCUAGAUCAUCAAAGUUGGAGGCUUGCAGCGAUAGCUCAUGUGGCGUGGCAUUUGCAUGAGAGGACCCCCUCACCUCACCUCCCGCCACCAAUUCAAGCAGCAUUAA